GAAGUGAUUGCUGGUGGCCAGAUAUCAUUAGCUAGCUUUAGCGGCACAGAAGCUACAAAGUCUUCAUCCAGUGAGGUAUUUUAUGUAAAUUCCCGGUAACAAUUGACAUACUUUCUUGAAUAUAUUCCGUUUAUGACAGUUCGUUAGCUAACGAGCUGACGAAGUUUAUAAUCACGUGUCAAGUCAGAAUGUCAUACUUUGAAGGAGCCGAUGGGUCAUGAUGCACAUACAGUUAUUAUGCACAGGGGAUGGAGAAUAAAUUGAAUUCAGCCGAGGAGCGGCAACCCGCCCCGACUCUGGCCAACUCAUGGUCAACAAAACAGGAUGCAGUCUCGAGCAAGAAUGACAGGACGAAAGCCGUUGGUUUUGUACUGGUGCAUGCAGGGGCAGGAUAUCAUUCGGAAUCAAAAGCCAAGGAAUACAAACAUGUCUGCAAGAGAGCUUGCCAGAGGGCGGUGGACAGACUCAAGGCUGGGGCCCUGGCUGUGGAGGCUGUGGCUGCAGCCCUGGUGGAGCUCGAGGACUCUCCCUUCACCAACGCUGGAAUGGGCUCCAACCUAAACCUGAAGGGGGAAAUCGAGUGCGACGCCAGCAUCAUGGAUGGGAAAUCAUUACAUUACGGAGCUGUAGGCGCCAUUAGUGGAAUAAAAAACCCAGUAUUGGUGGCUAACAGACUGCUGAGUGAAGCACAGAAAGGGAAGCUGUCUGCGGGUCGAAUACCCCCCUGCUUCUUAGUAGGCCGAGGAGCGCAUGACUGGGCGGUGGGUCAUGGGAUCCCACCAUGCCCCUCAGACAAGAUGGCCACCAAGUUCAGUUUAUCAGCGUACAAGAGGAACAAACACAAGAUGGAGCUUGCAGAGAAGAUGGACUCUGGGUUCAACCAGACCAAGAGAAGACGACAAUCAAGUGAAAACGAGGAGGUGUCGGGCUGCCUGGACACGGUCGGGGCCAUCGUCGUGGACCAGGAGGGAAACGUAGCGGCGGCUGUCUCCAGUGGCGGCCUGGCGAUGAAGCACUCAGGCAGGGUCGGCCAGGCUGCUCAUUAUGGAUGUGGCUGCUGGGCUGAGAAUGCCUGUAAUGUCAAUCCUUACUCUACAGCAGUGAGUACCUCAGGUUGUGGGGAGCAUCUGAUCCGCACCAUGCUGGCUCGGGAGUGUUCUUCUGCCAUGCAGGCUGAUGAUGCCCACCAAGCACUGCUGGGGGCCAUGCAGAACAAGUUCAUCAGCUCUCCAUUCCUGGCCAACGAGGACUGUGUCCUGGGCGGGGUCAUCGUGCUCAGGGGCUGCAGAUGCGUGGAAGCCCAGCCGUCUCAGGACAUCCAGGCCAUUCUGGUGGAGUUCCUGUGGAGCCACACAACAGAGAGCAUGUGUGUGGGGUACAUGUCUGCCCAGGAUGGGAAGGCCAAGACCCACAUCUCCCGCCUCCCUCCUGGUGCUGUGGCAGGCCAGUCCCUGGCCAUCGAGGGGGGGGUGUGUCGCCUGGUGAGCACAGCGGACUGAGCAUCCUGGCCUGUGGGCCGCCUUCAGCAAUACUUCAACCCCAAACCUCUACCACCCAGCCCAGUCCCAACCACCCAGGUAGUAAUAAGCUUAGCUGUUUUAACAGGUGAGGGAGGGAG